GACACACUAACUAAUGCAUUUACUGGAUAAAUAGGCUGUGUUGCAGAGUAUUCCAUACUUGAUAUACCCGUGAUUGUAUACAAAAUAAUCACUAACUGAUUUAGAAUAACCUUACUGUAGGAAAAUGGGGACUUUGGAACAAUACAUUAAAGAGAUUAUUGAAAUUAUUCACUUCUUUGGUGAAUUAUGCGAAACUGACUCUAUAUGUUUUAUUGAGAAACGAAUGAUGGAUAGUGAUUUCAAAUAUGAUCGAUAUAAAAAUGAUAUAUUAAAACUUUUAACAAAUAAUAGACCUAAAAUUCAUUCUCAGAAUGAUUUAAAAACACCUAUUUUGAAAUUGUUUGAUAAAAUUAUUGUGUUUGAUUGUGUGGAUUUAAUUGAGAAAAAGAAAAACUUUUUCCAACAAGCUUUAAAUCAUCUUGAAAAGACAGCUGGAAAGUUAAUAAUCAUUAAAAAACUUCGGAAAUGGACAACAACGUUCGAUGAAGAACAGAGUGGAAAAUUCAAUACUGAAUGGACAUCUAUUUUAACAGAUUUAUUGGAUGCAGGCUUUAACAUUCAGUGGGACGUAAUUGAUAUACCUAUCAAUGUGAAUUGUAAUCAGUGGAUGGAUAGUAUGAACAAUUAUUCUGAAGGUUUAAUUCAAUAUAUGCACACAUCUCUCAGAUACAUCCCAUUAGAUAAUGAACAAAUUAGAUUAAAUGAACAACUAUUAAUAAUUGUAGCCUUUCCAAAACUUCAAAGUGACUAUAAAUUGAAUUCAAUAAAACGAUCAGUACAAUCAUUCCAUAAACAAAAUAAUAAUUCGAAUUUAUAUCACAAUAAAACUCAUAUAGUACCAUUAGAUGUAACACAAAUGCAACAUAUACUGGACGAGAAACUGCCUGAAAUUAUUGCACACUCAAUUAAGUCAGUUAAUAAACAGCACAGAAACUACAGAUCAGAAUGGUGGGGAACAGUUGUAGCGGAUAAAUGGGUAAAUACAGACUCUUCCAGAAUACCUAGUAAACGUUUAAUCUUUUUCUAACAUUUUAUGCUUUGUACGAUUGGAAUUUAAACAUAUGUCUGUGUUUAUUUGCCAAUUCACUAGUAGUCUAUACAUAACUUGUCAAAUAUUGGAUAUAUGUUCUUAACGAAUGUCUUUUCAAAGUAUAAACUAACUGUUAUCUUUAAUGAUUUUUUAUAUCUUGAUUAUUGUUAACGAUACUGUUAUAUGAUAUAUUUUGAAGCUUUACAUCGUGCAUUCAAAAAGCUGUACGUGC